CGGUUAAAGCCAGUGCCAGCCGGCAACAGCGCAUCGUCAAGCUAGAGACUUUUUUGGUAGUUUCUAUCAGUGAAUUCGGACGUAACUAAAUAAAACUAAUAUUUACGCCAACGCCUGGAUAGUUUUGCUGUAUAAUAAUACCAUUAUUUGAUUUAACAGUAAUAGAUACGACAAGAGUUAACCAGCACUGCUAUGUAUAAUGUCAGUACUGUUGAACCCUGUUAAGUCUGAAUUGAAAACACUGUUGGCGGUGCCUACGGACGCCUUAUAUACACUGCUUUUAGGCGUUGUAUAGCAGUGUAUCAACGGCAAAGGAAUUUUCUGUUACCCCAGUCAUGGAACUGCCAGUCAAGAAUCAACAUAUUGUGAACUCCAAAUGAAUUGCAUUUCAAACGACAAACAGUCAUUGGUGACAGAACACAAAGAAAAUGGAUGAUCCAUUCAACUUGGAAGAUGAUGGUCUCAUGCCUUUCAUACAUAGGAUAAGCUCAGAGCAAAUUAUUUACAAAUCUAAAAAAAAUCAGUGUAAAUUCAUUGGCAAAUAUGUCAUGGGAGAUUUGUUGGGAGAGGGCAGCUAUGGUAAGGUUAAAGAAGUUCUUGACACAGAGACAUUGUGCAGAAAAGCUGUCAAAAUAUUGAAAAGGAGGAAACUAAGACGAAUCCCUAAUGGCGAGCAAAAUGUAGAAAGGGAAAUCAAACUACUACAGCAACUCAAUCACAAAAAUGUGAUUCGUUUAUAUGAGGUCAUGCACAAUGAAGAAAAACAGAAAAUGUACCUCAUUUUUGAAUACUGUGUGUCUGGUUUACAAGAAUUAAUUGACAGCACUCCCUUGAAGAAGUUUCCAAUAUGGCAGGCUCAUGGAUACUUCUGUCAGCUGAUAGAUGGAUUGGAAUAUUUACACAGUCAGGGAAUCAUCCACAAAGACAUUAAACCAAGUAACCUAUUGCUCACUACAGAUGGUUUGCUGAAAAUCUCUGAUCUUGGAGUGGCAGAGGCUUUAGAUAUGUUUGCACUGGAUGAUCUAUGCCAAACUAGCCAAGGAUCACCAGCUUUUCAACCUCCAGAAAUCGCCAAUGGAUUGGAUUCAUUUCCAGGAUUUAAAGUUGAUGUAUGGAGUAGUGGUGUCACUUUGUUUAACAUUUCGACUGGCAAAUAUCCUUUUGAAGGAGACAAUAUUUUCAAGCUAUUUGAGAAAAUCGGCGAAGGUGUAUUUGAAAUUCCUGAGGAAGUCGAUGAGCUAUUAAGUGACCUUCUCAGAGGAAUGCUUCACAAAGAUCCUUAUCUACGUUUUUCUCUGCCACAAGUCCAGCACCAUGGAUGGUUUAUCAAGCGGCAUCCGCGGACCGAGCCGUCUGUCCGUAUUCCGCCAUUGCGUGGAGACGAAAGUCGAAAUAUGACAGUGCUUAAAUAUUUAGAGUCGCAUCAUGGUAACAACUCAGAUGAGGAUGAUUGCAGUGAUUCUCAUUACUUUACGGAACAUGACUUGACAGCUCAAAGAUUACAGCAAGAAUUGCAACAGCAUAUGCAGCAGCAAAACAGCCGAAGCGCUCCUCCUAGUCCCGGGACAAGUUUCUUCGGUUUUGGUCAAAGUGCUGAAAUAGACAUUAUUCUGGAUGGAGCAGCAACAAGAAGGACUGCAGAAGUGAAAACAGAAGAUGGGAAAAAAGAAAGGCUGUUUUUAUUCUUUGAUGGGGAAAGCCUCUCAGGAAAGGUAAAUAUAACACUGAAGCGACCAGGCUACAAACUGGAGCACCAGGGCAUCAAAAUUGAAUUUCUUGGUCAAAUCGAACUCUACUAUGACAGAGGGAAUCAGCAUGAAUUUACUUCAUUGGUGAAGGAGUUAGCUCGCCCAGGCGAGCUCCAUCACAACACCAGUUAUGAUUUUGAUUUCAACCAAGUGGAGAAACCAUAUGAGGUCUACACUGGCACAAAUGUCAAGCUAAGAUAUUUCCUUAGAGUGACAGUAGUUAGAAGAUUAACAGAUAUAGUCAAAGAAGUAGAUUUAGCGGUGCACACGCUUAGUUCUUAUCCGGAAAUGAACAGCAGCAUUAAAAUGGAAGUCGGCAUCGAAGAUUCGUUACACAUUGAAUUUGAGUACAACAAAUCCAAGUACCAUUUGAAAGAUGUAAUAGUGGGUAAAAUUUACUUCCUCCUCGUGAGAAUCAAAAUUCGUCAUAUGGAAAUUGCCAUCAUUCGAAGGGAGACAACAGGUUCUGGACCAAACGUCUUUAAUGAAAAUGAAACUAUUGCAAAAUAUGAGAUUAUGGAUGGCUCACCUGUUCGAGGCGAGAGCAUACCUAUAAGAGUAUUUCUUGCUGGUUACGAUCUAACGCCAACCAUGCGUGACAUAAAUAAAAAAUUCUCUGUUCGUUAUUACCUGAAUCUCGUUCUGGUUGACGAAGAGGAACGCCGCUAUUUCAAGCAACAGGAAAUUACCUUGUGGCGAAAAGGAGAUAGGAUACGCAAAUCCCUGCAAAUGGCACCAGUACCAGUGACAACACCAACUAAUGGUGAGAGUGACCAGCUGCAAGCGUUUGAGAAAAUUCCAACACCUGUAAGUGAAGAAGCGUCUUUGGAAGAUUCUCCAACAGAAGAACCUGCUCCAAAUCCUGCGCCUUCUGAAGAUAUUCCCAGGGUAGAGUCUUAUGCAGAAGGUGUCCCCACAGAGGAUGCGUGAAUGAUUGGUAUGUCAUAUGGCGCUUCACUCCCUUAAAUAUUUACUACGUUUAUACGGCUUCCCCUAUCUCUAUCCUAUGCCGCCUAUUUGGGCGGCUUCAUACUGCAUAUACUGAAAGAAUUAUGAUGGUCGUCGGAAAGCUAAAAGAUCGGUUGGAUGUUAAAUCACUGCAAGAGAUCUAUGCUGAUGUUUUCUUUUUCUCUUAGCAUUCCAUAUUUUUAUUUUUAUUUUUUUUUUUCUCAAAGAGCUGAAAGGAAAUUUCUCUGAGUCAAAGCGUGAAUCCACUGGUGUCUUCUUUGCUUGGAACAUAUGGGGGGAAAGGGAGAACAAUAAUAGUUUACAUUUCCGUCGUGAAGAAUCACCAGGAAACCCUGAAACGGCUGAGCAAAGUUAUCGCGCAUUUUUUACGAGCGUAGUCCAUUCAAAACCUUCUUUGUUCUCCAUCUCCUAUUUUUGUAUAAUACUGCAUUUUUCUUGUGUUUUCUUGAUGGCCGGAAUUUUAUCAAAUGUCAGCAAAGGCAAGUAAAAAAUCCGAUUACGGUCUCAAUCUGUUAUGUACAAGUGCGCAUUCUUUUAUCGAUCGGGAUAGCCAUUUUGUUUUUCUUAUUCAUUAUUCUCUUCUUCCUAUUUCAGUUUGAGUAGUAAGUUUUUCGUCACAUUUCAACUGAUUUUUCCAAUUCUCAGUUUCUGUUUGUCCUUAACGCAUCCUCCGUAAUUGAAGUUAUGUAGAGAUCUAUGCGAUAUGGCAAAUAGAAAUAUAUACAGAG